AUGGCCCCAGCACAACCAAUAGCCGAUGAUCUAGAUGAUGGAUUAGAAUAUGAUGUUGCAUUUUCUGAUACUGAAGAAUCCACUUUCCCAGUAACUGAAGCCAAUGAUAAUUCAAAUGAUGAAAAAGAAGAUGAAGAGGAGGAAAAGAUGAGUUCACGUAAACGUAAGAAUUCAACUACUGUUAAUUCAUUUAAAGAUAAGAAAAGAAUGAAGAUGGAAUUAGAUAUUGAAUCUAAAAAGAAUUUAUCAAAUGAAGAUAAUACAGAAGUUAUUGCAGAAUAUAUUAAUAAUAAAAUUCGUAGGAAAAAUCCAAAUUUAUCAGCUUUAGAAUUAACUGAAUUAUAUUUUAAUAAAAAUGAGAUAAGAUCUACUUCAGAUUUUAAAGAAACUAGAAAUUUAGAUAAUUUAUCUAAAUAUAUUAAUUUGAAAUUUAAAAAUAUGUUACCUAAAGGGAUGAAUAAGAAGGAUAAGAAGAAGAAUAAAAAGGAUAAAAAGAAAAAGAAUAACGAAGAAGAGGUUUCAAAACAAGAUGAUGAUAAACCAGAAGAAGAAAGAAAAUUCAUUGCUGUUGUUUCAAUGUCUGCAAUUAGAGCAUGUGAUAUUCAUAGAGCAACUAAAGAUUUAUCAGGAUCAUCUAUUAAAUUAAUCAAUAAGAAUAAAUUGCAUGUUGAUUUGAAAUUGGUUAAAAGUACUAGAUCUAGAGUGUUGUGUUGUACCCCUGGUAGAUUGGUUAAAGUAUUAAAUAGUCAAGAUGCUGAAUUAUCUAAAGAUGAAAUCAAAAUUGUCAUUGUUGAUAAUUCUUAUCUAGAUACUAAGAAACAAAAUAUCUGGGAUAUUAAAGAAACUUUUGAAGCAUUAAAGGAAUUAACCAAAGAAGGAUCUAAAAUUUAUUUGUAUUAA